CCAUCGGUCACGCGUGACGCAAACCCCACAGCCCCCCUCCCCUCUAUAUAAGCCUCUGCGCCGCGCUCCUCCGAACCCUAGCCGCACAUCCCCGCCUCUUCCCGCCGCCGUCCGCCGCGCGCACGCCGCCGCCGCCAUGGGGAGGAGACCUGCAAGGUGCUAUCGCCAGAUCAAGAACAAGCCGUACCCCAAGUCAAGGUACUGCCGUGGUGUCCCUGACCCCAAGAUCAGGAUCUACGAUGUCGGGAUGAAGAAGAAGGGUGUGGAUGAGUUCUCCCACUGUGUGCAUCUCGUCUCUUGGGAGAAGGAGAAUGUCACCAGUGAGGCUCUUGAGGCUGCGCGUAUCGCGUGCAACAAGUACAUGACCAAGUCUGCAGGAAAGGAUGCCUUCCACCUCAGGGUUCGGGUUCACCCGUUCCAUGUGCUCCGUAUCAACAAGAUGCUUUCGUGUGCCGGGGCAGAUAGGCUCCAGACUGGAAUGAGGGGUGCUUUUGGGAAGCCACAGGGAACCUGUGCUAGGGUGGAUAUUGGCCAGGUCCUCCUUUCUGUGCGGUGCAAGCCCAACAAUGCUGUCCAUGCCAGCGAAGCCCUCCGUCGUGCCAAGUUCAAGUUCCCUGGUCGCCAAAAGAUCAUUGAGAGUAGAAAGUGGGGUUUCACCAAGUUCAGCCGCGAUGAAUACGUCAGGCUUAAGAGCGAGGGUAGAAUCAUGCCUGAUGGUGUCAAUGCUAAGCUACUUGGUUGCCAUGGUCGCCUCUCUGCUCGUGCCCCCGGGAAGGCCUUCCUCUCAGCCGCUUAGAUAUAUCUAUCCUUAUCAUCUGUGGGAAACGAAAUAUCGGACCUUUUUGUUUGUUUGUAGACUCGAUCAUAUAUCACUUUGUUGAACCCUGAAUCACCAAGUGUCUGGUGCUAUAUUGCCUGGUCUGAAGCUAUCUUGUGUUGAACAUCUUUAUCUGAAAUAUAUAUCAGAUGACUUUCGUGUCGCUAA